ACACAAGAAUGCCUUCUGACGAUUUAAACGACCUUGCGACCGUCAAGGCGUUGAUCGAGAACGGUCUCCGUCUCACAGAAUCUCCAGAACGAGGUUUCUCAACUCAAGUGGUGGAAGUUCGAGGCGGACUCGUCAUCAAGUACGGACCUCUCGUCUGGAAGUCCGAGUUCCUCGCCAUGGAGCUCGUGCAACGGCAUACCAACAUACCCGUACCAGAACCCUUGUCCUACCUGUCCGAAGAGAAUGGUAGUUCGCCAAUUCGAAUCCACACCGGCUACCUCGUCAUGAAAAAAGUCCCAGGCGUUCCUUUGGUGGACGUUCUCGAGGGCUUCGGCGAAGAGGCAUGCGCUUCUAUCUCGGCGCAACUCAUGCAGUAUCUACUUCAGCUGCGGACGCUCGACUCAUAUGGGCAGUGGGGCAUGGUCGGGAAGAACAGCCGAUUCCAUCAGGGCCACUUCAGCCUCGCGCCGUGGUCGCCUUCUGACUCAGACCGGGGAUCGAUAGCGAACUCGCCCAAUCCGUGUGUCGCCACCUCCGCUCGCGACAUUUUCGAUUACUUCACAGCAGCCAGCCCUCCAGUAGUCUCUGCAGAGGAAAGGCAAGCUGCUCUCGACAAGAUCAACCUCGAUCGACCCUCUCGAUUCACUCACGGAGACCUCCUUCCGGAGAACAUCAUGGUCGACAUCUCUUCCGGACACGCCACAAUCACGGGCAUCAUCGACUGGGAGCUUGCAGGAUGGUACCCAUACUUUUGGGACUAUUGGGUCGCUGUUCAACGAAAGGGACAUUACCGGCCGGUAACUUGGAAAAAUUGGCAACGAAUCUUCACUUCUGUUUUCGAGCUUUGUCCACAAGAAGCGUUAACGUUCUCAAAGUUUGUGUGGUGGACUUACGAUGGGUAUUCUGAAGGUCCAAUUCACUGCUUGUGUUGCGAAUAACUAACCUCUGACUGUACUAUUCACACGCGACAGCGAUCAUGGACGUGGAAGGUAUUGAAUAGCUUUUUUACUUGUAUUUUCUCGCCGCUACCUUUGCAGUAAACGUUAUACUCGC